GUGACCUCCUGUAUCAUAUGGGCUCGUCCAGUAACAUCUCCAUCAUCCUGGACGACAUGAUCUGUUCUGACCCCAGAGCCGAGGGCCCCUGCCAGACUGACUCCGGGGGUCCGCUCAUGUAUGAAGUGCGGGGGGUCUGGUACCAGGCCGGUGUUAUAAGUUGGGGGUACGGUUGUACUGAUAUUGAGCGUGCUGCGGUGUACGCCAUGGUGCCGACCUACAUCUCCUGGAUCCAGAGCUACGUACCAGAGCUGACACCUCACAAUGUAGGAAGCUUCUCCAAUCCAUCUAUUGACUGUGACAAGUCCUACAUGGUCCCUGCUGUCCCCGACGUUUCCUCCCCCGAUUCUCGAGCGGCCGGGUCGGUCUGUGGUUCUCCAAUGGUGUUCAGCCGUACAGUUAAUGGCACAGACGCUGUGCCGGGAGAAUGGCCAUGGCAAGUCAGUGUGCAGUACCUCCUGCCAGGACACGGCUAUUAUCAUAUAUGUGGAGGGUCCCUUAUCGCCUCUCAGUGGGUGUUGACCGCUUCCCACUGUAUUGUUGAUUAUAGCCCCAAUAACUAUCUGGUUAUACUGGGUGGACACAAACUUCAGGAUUUGGAUUCUAAUGCGGUCACUAUGGAAGUGCAGAGAUUUUUCAAACACUCAUUUCAUAUAUUGACUGGAGGAGACAUCAGUUUAAUCAAACUCCUAUCACCC